AUGGAUAAAGAAGGUAUGCUGAAAGUACAAAAGCUCACUAACAGGCUGAUUAAUCUCAAUGCUUUGGAAGAAAAGGUUUUGAGGCAAAAGACUAAAAUAGAGUGGCUGAGAUUAGGAGAUGGGAACAAUUCCUACUUUCAUGCUUCCUUGAAGUCAAAACAAAAGGCCAAAGGCAUUCUUAUUUUGCAAAAGGAAGAUGGAACUGAGGUUACUUCACAAUAUUCUAUAGAACAGAUUGUGGUGGAUUUUUAUGGAAGCUUGAUAGGCACUGCUGCUACUAAUAUCUAUAAUGUGGAUGUCAUGGCUAUGAGGACUGGUCCACAACUAAACUUUGAGCAGAGAGCAAAGCUUAUCCUUCCUGUUAGUGAUGAUGAGGUUACUAUGGCCUUAAAUUGUAUAGGAGGUCUCAAAUCCCCUGGUAUAGAUGGGUUUGGUGCAAAGUUCUUUAAGGCUAGCUGGGAAACUAUCAAGUUUGAUGUGCUGAGAGCCGUAUGGGAUUUCUUUGAGAAUGGAAGAUUGUACAAAGCAGCAAACUGUACUAUUGUUACCUUGAUUCCCAAAAGUGAUGAGGCCAGAACUAUUAGAGAUUACAAACCCAUUGAAGGGUGCAUCACUCUUUACAAGAUCAUAUCCAGGAUCAUGACUAGAAGAUUGGCUAGUGUGAUUGGAAAUGUGGUUAGCCAGAGCCAGACAACUUUUAUCCCUCAUCAGCAAAUACACAAUCAUAUAUUGCUCACAUAUGAACUUUUAAGAGGAUACUCGACGAAGGGAGGCACACCUAGAUAUGAUGUGUUGAUCUUCUCUAAAGGUGAUGUAGCUUCUAUUGAUGCUGUUUUAAAAGUGUUACAACAAUUUUCCUCCUCAACAGGUCUGAUUGUCAACCCUAGCAAGUGUAAACUGUAUUUUGGUGGAGUGGAUUAUGAUACGAGAAACGGGAUCAAAAUGCUAACUGCAUUUCAGGAAGGUGCCCUAACUUUUAAAUAUUUGGGAAUUCCUAUGACCAGCAGAAGGCUAGAGGUCCACCAAUACAUGCCCCUUAUAGAAAAGACCGUGGCUCGAAUUACACACUGGAGUAGUAAAAUCCUUAGUUAUGUCGGAAAGGUCCAAUUGGUGAAAAGUGUAUGCUUUGCUACAGCUAGUUAUUGGCUUCAAUGCCUCCCUCUUCCGAAACAGAUUAUUAACCAUAUUAAUGCCAUCUGCAGAUCGUUCAUCUGGACAGGCGGAGCUACUGUUAAGAGGAGAAGCUUGGUUGCUUGGCAAACUAUUUGUAAACCUCGCAAGGCUGGUGGCUUGAAUGUGCUUGAUUUACAGGUUUGCAAUGACAUUGCAAUGAUGAAACUACUUUGGAGCUUAAGUGGCAAAAAGGAUAACCUGUGGGUUAGAUGGAUAAGUAGUUAUUAUUUGAAGGAUAACACGAUUUUCCAGGUAGAGGAGAAAGCUUAUCACUCCUGA